CGCUAACUUGUGGUGUCACUGCGUCACUGUCAUGAGCGUCACUUCUUGAAUCCGACCAUCCGGGUCUAUCCCCCAGCUGCAGCCUCAGCUUGCUCGCUCGACAAGCUCAAGAUCACCCCAACGCCUGUUGUUCCAGAUCCCGAAGUCUGACGCUGAAACGAUACAAGCUGACAAGCAGCCUCUUGAAAGCCCCUUGAAAGAGAGUCAGCUGCGAAGAAAGAGCGCGUCUCUGGAUGCUUUCGGCUACAGGUCUCCUUCUUUCUUCCUGCGAGUGAGAUCAUAUAAUCGCACUGCCUGCCGAAGGAGGUUGACCUGUAGGGCUCCAGAUCCAGGAUGGCAUCCCCGUUGGCUCUGCUUCUAUGGACAGCGAUGCUGGCAUUGUGUACUGCAAGAGGGAUUGCAGCUGAUCUUUCUUCUAGCACGUGCUUGAUCUACUCGCCAUCCAUGAACACGAGCAUCGCUGCCAGCCCCUUGACAUACUUCAGGACCAUCGUCACCUCGGGCCCCACGGCUUAUAAUUACAGCGUGUUUGGAGCACCUCCAACUGGUCAACUUGGUGAAGCUACCACAGCAGCUGAAGCCCUAAGAUUUAGGGCAACUGCCGCAACGUUUGCAGCGCUGCAGGGCGCAUUUGUAUCCUUGUUGGGCUCUGGGAAUUUCUCUAUAGAGCAGUGGAGCGACUUCCAGACCCUCUUACAGUCAAACACUGGCGGUGCUUCCCCACCGUACUCUCUUCCGUUCUGGGAGGAUGAUACAUUCUUUGGCUUCACGAGGAAGUCUGUAGCUGCCCAAUACCUGGCCCAAGCUCAGACACUGCCCUUCAAUCUGACAGACUCUGACGUCUCCAGUAUCCUGGGAAACGAGACCCUUGAGAGCGCCUUGCAAUCUGGGAGGCUCUUUGUUGAAGACCUCAGCUACCCAAGCGUCCUUCCCUCGGCAUUCUUCCGACCAAAUCGGACCGCAGUGGGGGUUGUUGCUCUCUUCUUCCUGAAUGACCAGGGAGAUUUGCUGCCAAUUGCUAUUCAAGUAGCAGGAUCGGCGGGGAUCUGGACUCCCAAGGAUGCUCCAUUUGACUGGCUGCUUGCCAAGCUUUAUGCCAACACUGCAUCCUUCUACCUCGAGCAAACUGAUCAUUUUGUCAGGACGCACCUCGUUCCCUCCUCAAUGCGCAUAGCCGCCAGCAAUCGCUUGUUCACGUCUCAUCCGGUCCGCCUUAUCGUUGACCACUACACCUCCGGGGACUGGGGUCCUGUUGCUGCGGGUCUCCAGAUCGUCUUUCAAGGAAACGGAGGAGAUUAUUACUGGCCCUACAACCAGAACGGCACGUUGGCAAUCCUUGGGAUGCUCGUCAGGAACUACAAUUGGACUACGGAUGAUCUGGAGCUGAACAUAGCUGCCCGCGGCCUAACAAGCCUACCAAAGUAUCCCUACCUGGACGAUUUGCGGAAGCACAACGCGGCAAUCAGCAACUUUACGGACGCUUACGUGGGUCUGUACUACCAGAACGAUGCAGACGUCCAAAUGGACAGAGAGCUUCAGGCGUGGGCCCGCGAAAUAGCGUCAUCAACCCCAGUGAAAGGCUUCCCAUCUUCCAUCUCUUCUAAGGGCGAGCUUUCAGGUAUCUUGACACACUUCAUACGUCUCGUGUCCGUGGAGCACCACCUGACCAACACGUACGCUAUCUACAAUGUUUACACGACGCCUUUUGCAAACCGGUUCAUGACGGCGCCGCCUCCCACCUCCAGGGGCACCGUCACCGCUCAGACGAUUCUGAAGUACGUGCCGACCAGUCCACAGGAUCUGGUGGGACUCUUCGGGACAGCGGCGCCUUACCGUGUCAUGCUUGCUCCUGGAGACACCAUAAUGGGCGCCCUCCAGACGUUCCAGGUCGAGCCGUGUGCGACUGCAGCUGUCGAAGCAUACUUGCAAGCACUGGCGGUCAUUGAAAGUGACAUCAGCGCUAGAGAGGCCAAUGCGACGUACCCGUUUCCUCUGGCCAAGCCGAGCAUCCUCCCCUACAGGUCCUUCAUCUGAGUAUUGUCGAUAGCGGUCAUUUGAAUGAGCAGCUUCUUGAACCUCGAAAGCUCCUCGAAAGGUAGAGUACAAUGAUGUAAAUUUCUCAAGUCUGUUAAGAAUGUACUGAAGAUUCACGGGAUAUUUAGUCAAUGGUCAGGAGAUCUACAAGUCGAUGACACAUUACCGGCUAAUUGGUAGGAAUAUUUCAUGGCACGAUGAGUAUUUAAGAGGAAGAACCACAAUAUGGAUACAUUACAGCUGCGGAAUGUUCAGUGACAACUCUUGUGGUUCUCAAUCAAUUUUGAUUACGAACGGGCUUGCUCUUUCAUCAACAUGCGACUCACAGGCUUGUUUGCCUGAUCGCGUUUCGAUUUUCAUUAUUGAGCCGGUUUCAGUGGAACUGCCAACUGGUCUGCCCG